AUGAAUCCAGUAAGUCCCUGGAUCGCCGCAUUCGCCGACCAAUGUCUCUCAUUCUACCUCGGCCAAAAUAAUCAAGAUGAAGUCCAGGUGGAGGAUAUUGAUGGAUGCCUUAACUUCAGUGCCCGCAGGCCUGCACUCAAGACAGCCGUUGUUGUAUCGUGGGGACAAGGAGAGAAGAGUCAUUGCGCUACAUUUACAGACUCAAAGAACCAGAUCGAUGCGAUGAUUUUACAUGACUCGCCGGACGCACAGGGAGGAACAUCACCCUGCCCACCGUCGAUCAAAGGGGGCCCUAGGCACCUAGUCGAACUUUCUGAUGUCAAGCUCAUUUUUACAUACUCAGCAUCUACCCCGGAUUUCUACCUUCAAGUCAAACGCUUUACUAUCCACCCGAAUGCAGUCUCAAAAGGGGAUGUGCCGAGACCAAAGCUCAAGAAGACGCCGGCUCUCAGAACCCUGAUGACUAUGGUACGCGAGAAAAUCCAGAAGAAUCGAGGGCACGCUGGCUCCAAUGGUCAAACAAGUGCUGGGUUGGCCGACUCGUUUGUUUCUCAGCGUGAUCAGGACAAUCACUCUCAAAACAAUUCGGUAUCACAGUUGCUCUUCUCCCAACCCCCGUCUAAUAUGCGCCAUGGCGCACCGAACGGUAAUCCGAUGACCAAUCGUGUUUCCCUCGGCGAGUCAUCGGAUCUUCUAGGGUUGCUCGCGCCUUCUAAUCAAAUUCAAACAAAUGACGCAGCCACCAGAGAGCUUCUCGGGGCUCACCGACCAUCUCUAGGUGAAAGUGAAAGCAGGCAUUCUCCCUUACCAAAUAAAAGAAAGUCAAUGGCACCACAAGACAUCGAUAGACCCUUAAACGGAGCACAGUCCUCAUUCCGGAGACUUUCCAGCAACACUGUUGAUGCGACGCGGGCUAGUAAAUCUGCAACCAAAAAUCCGUCUUACCCCAAUCUCGAACAAGACGUGGACAGCUUAAUAGCGGAAUGUUGGCGCCAGGCUUCGCAACCUCCAAAUGAGUCGGAUGAUCAUGGCAGGGCCCAUACUGCUGGAACGGGGGACAACCAGCAGGCUUCGAGGAAAAGGCAUCGUGGCAGUGCAGAUGCGCCAUCACAAGCACGUCACGAUCAUGACUUGGGCUCGCAGGGCCGGCAAAGCCCAAAUACGUCACCCUCCAAAAAGCGACAGCGUAUCGAUGCUGGAGAGGUGAUUCUGGCGGACCCAACUGAAUCUGAGCAAGUGCAAAACACGCCCGUGCCGUCAUCUCCUAGGGUGCAGAUUGUAAACACCAAAAAAGACGUUGUAUGCCCAUCCGCAACAAAUCCAUGGGAAGGAAUGAUAAGAAUACCUUUGAGCGAAGUUGAUAUUCCAAAAGAUCAAGCAGAACUUUUGGAAGAAGGACGCAAAUGGAUCCCGCAGGAGCCCGGUGUAUCUGCACCUCUAUGCCAUGUUCCACCUCAUCUUUUGACACAAUGGAACAACAUUGCACGCAAACGACAACAUUUGGCUGAGGGAGAAGAAGAAAAAGAAGAAGAAGAAGAAGAAGAAGAAGAAGAAGAAGAAGAAGAAGAAGAAGAAGAAGCUGAAGGAGCAGAAGAAGAACAAGUAUCUGAGCAUGCCCCUACUCCGACCCCGCAAGAUGCCUAUACAUCUCCUCCUAUAUCAUGGGCUUCGUCCCCCAUUAGGACACCUGCCCGAGAUGUUCUUCCACGGGACACAGUUUCUCCCGAAAUGUACCGAAGGCCUACCAGAAGAAUCCCUACGCCAAUCAGAACUCAAUAUGUCGGUGAUCAAUUCACAGAAGAUGGUAACGAGGGCAUGGUGAAGAGAUCUCCCAAAGCUCCUUCUCAGCCAGGGCCGGGGGAUAUUGUCUGGUCAAAGCGCGCCAUCGAGACAGUAGAGCAGCAAUGUUCUCCGUCUCCUGAAGUAACAAAAAACCCGAGAAAUCCAGUGUCUCUGGACUAUAAUCUUGGAAAUGACCCAUUUCCAAAGCACAACGCUUCAAAACCGCUCGACGUGGCCAAUGGCCAACCACAACAUGUAAUACAGGGACACUGUCAUGACGAACUGCCCGCCGAAAAUCCCACGUUCAGAUCUGAAGUGCGUGAUGGAUCAAGUGGCGAUGAGAGUGAUGAGCCAGAGAUGGAAACAUAUGUUCCUUUUGCUCUGGGUGGAAGCCUUCCAUUAAGCAGUCAGCCUGAGCAGGAACUUACUAGCUCGGAGCCAUCGCUUCCAAAACUUGCAGGGGGGACUAUCCAAGUGGUGGAGACACCUGCAGUCCAUACCACAAAUCUGAAUCCCGACAAGCAAAGCAAACAGAUAGUCGGAUUUCAGCCCCCGAGCUCUCAGCAGCCAUACUCUCAGGCUGCCAAGACAUCUCCCUCGUCUCGAAUUCUCAAUACCUACCGCUCGCAAGACAGUCACGGGCACAGUGACCUAUCCCAGGAGGCACCAAAUCUAUCUUUGCCGAUAUUGGCAGACGAAUCACUACGAGUGGAUGUCCUAGGUACUCAGACUCAAACCAGCAGCGUGCAUGCACCAUCACAGGCGACGGUCCAGUCAUCCUCAGACGUUGUGCUUGAUUCAUCGAGACCUGCUCAACGACAACGUGGGUCGUCUAUCUUCCAUUUAGACCACUCGGACGACCCAUCGUCUUUUCCUUAUGCCAGGCGUCACUCGCUGCCCAGGUCUCAACUUCAUGAACCAAGCCAAGAUUCUUCAAGAGGACCAUUUUCCUUCGACGGAGCCUCGCAGUUGCCGGAAUUAUGCCCUAUGGAAUCGACCACCUGGGUCAGUGCUCACGGAGAAUCACCAUCCAAACGUUCACGCCAUCCGCGCUGCGAGAGUGCCGAUACUGGCCAAAAAGCAACUCACAGCCCAGAUUCCGAGUUAGUAGCACGGCGACAAGGCUUUAUCGGCAAGUCUGACAAGUACGCUGAAGCACAGACAAUCUAUGAAAAGUUUUGCAAUGAUUAUUCGCCGUAUUCUGGUGAUUUCGCUCACUUCACUGAGAUGUGCUCGAAACUCCAGACAAUGCGGCAAAAGGGCCAACUGCAACGAUCGUACUUAUGGGAUGACUUCGUCAUCCAACAUCUGGAGGAGUAUCCACGCUAUUUUUCAGAGCGCACAUAUCAAGAGUCGAAGACACUGGAUUACGAAGAUUUCUUUUGCUCGAAAUUCUCACGCCCCAAGCACAAAAAGAGAAGCCUAACAGCCCACGGAGUUGACAUAGUCGCGUCUCAGUCUUUCCCGCCUACCCGUGCCGAGCUAGGAAACCCACCAGUUCCAUCUCAAGUGACAAUCCAAGGCGAGGUAACCCAAGAUAAAGCGGCGCAAAGCAAAGUGGCCAACACUUCUUUCACAGCCAGCCUUGUGGAAAAGCUUUCAAACCUCCAUGCCCGGUCCUUUGGCGAUGUUCCUGUUCCGGAUGUCCACAUGCCUGCUGCAACGCAGUCCUCGCCAUCCCCGUCUGCUGGCACCGGCUCGGAUUCGGUGGAGCUUAAAAUUGAGGCAGAUGAUUCUUUCAAUGAACCGAUCGGCUCCCAAAUUAUCACGAGCAGCAAUGAUCAAAAGCCUGUGCUUUUCAACGAUGAUGAAGAAAUGGUCGAUGCAAGCCAAUACGACGCAGAUGACAUUCGCAUUGCGCCUGAUCCGAACGACGUUGACAUGGUCGAAACCGGCACGGACGAAAUUGACGAGACCCAGGAAGCAGACGAUACCCACCAUGAAACUGCCAGCAUUGAACUUGGCGAUGAGGCUGACGAUCGCCGUCUCUCGGCCUCUCCCGCGCCGCCCGCGCCCUUGGGUUAUCUGAAUAAUGCCGAGGUCGCGCGGCCACGGCAAAGAAGACCCUGGUUCCGAUCUCUUCGGAACAUCUUCCCGACAGGUCCUGUGUGGUCCGAUGACCCCGACACGCCGUUCAAGCGCUGGGCGCGCCAAGACCAGAAUGUUCUUCAGGAACUUCGUCGUCGCGGUGGAGCUAGGGUUCAAGUCGAUGAGAAAGGGGUCAUCCGUCGGCCCACCUUCAACCAAGAGAAGAACUCCGGUCCCUAG